UAUCACAGUGUAAGCCCCGGGUUCCCAAUGGGGGACUCAGGAUCAAGACGAUGUACCCUGGUCUCCCGGUUGCCAAUAUUCAGAAAAAGUAUUAGCAGAAGGCAUGACUCUCUCCCUUCUUCACCCUCUUCUGGAAACACAGCUGGUGUCCACAGCUCCUCGCCUUCCAGCACCAACUCCAGCUCAGGGAGCGUGGGGAAACGCAGGAGCAUCUUCCGGGCUCCAUCCAUCAGCUUCCACCACAAGAAGGGGAGUGAACCUAAGCCAGAACCCACCGACCAGAACCUUAGUAUUUCCAAUGGUGCUCAACCCACUCUCAGCAAUAUGCAGAAACUCAGUUUGGAGGAGCAAGUCAAAACCAGGGGAAGACAUUCUGUGGGUUUUAGUAGUUCACGAAGUAAGAAGAUAACAAGAUCUCUGACGGAAGAUUUUGAAAGAGAAAAGGAACCUUCAACUAAUAAGAAUGUCUUUAUAAAUUGUCUAAGUUCUGGCAGAAGUGAAGGGGAUGAUUCUGGAUUCACAGAAGAACAAACUCGCCGUUCUCUUAAACAAUCAACAAAGAAGCUACUCCCCAAAUCAUUUUCGUCUCACUCUAAAUUUUCUAAGUCGGUUCCACAGAGCCAAUCCAGGCCAUUGGUACAGCAGCCCGAGUUUUCUCUGGCGAUUGCACAGUACCAGGAGCGGGAACUGGAAGUAGGGAGACCUUCCCCGUCUUGCUCUGUGGAUAUAACGGAGCAUGCAGGAAGUUCCUUACAGUCGCCUCUGCUUUCCACGGAUUUGACCACAGCUCAGACCCCUUCAGAAUUCUUGGCCUUGACUGAAGACUCUUUGUCUGAGGCAGAUGCCUUUCCUAAAAGUGGAAGUAUGGCAUUGCACUGCGACAACUUUGGUCACAAUGAUGCUACCUCUCAGCCCACCCCCAAUCUCGCUGCAAUCACAAAGACCACGAUGGAGUUUGUAGGAACUGUGCCCUGUAUGAGGAUGUCUCCUGGGAGGUAUAGGCUAGAUGGCCGCUGUGGCACUGAAUUGCGUUCUUUACCGGAGAUCUCUGCAGCUAACCAGAGGGAAGUGUUGCCGCAAAGCGCUGGAUCCCCUCCUAGGAAUGUGAGCGACACAGAGACUCACCUACCACAUGGUCAUCAAAGAGAAGAGAAACCCACCGAACCAAUGCUGAGGACCAGCUCGCCCAGGACACUGGGCUCUUACGACCCACACAAGGCACUGGCCGAACGCAUUAAAGGAGUUCACCCUGUUUCAGAUUCAAGGGUAAUCCCUUCCUCUGGGGAUCAUAAUGUUUUUAACAAAACGUCUUAUGGAUAUGAAGCAAGUGCUGCCAAAGUUCUUGCCAGCAGCCUCAGCCCAUAUCAUGAAGGAAGGUAUAUAGAGCGGCGGCUGCGGUCCUCAUCUGAAGGAACAGCAGGGGGCGGCAGAGUGGUCUUGAAGCCGAAGGAUGGGCACGCUGAAGCCAGCAGCUUAAGGAAGCACAGAGCUGGGUCCUCGUCCUCCAAAAUGAACAGUCUGGAUGUUCUAAAUCAUUUGGGAUCCUGUGAACUGGAUGAAGAUGAUCUGAUGCUUGAUUUAGAAUUUUUAGAGGAACAGAAUCUUCAACCCCCAGUUUGCCGGGAAGAUUCCUGCCACUCUGUAAUGUCGUGCGCAGCCGUCCUUCUUAGCCCAGUGGACCAAACAAGAGAAAUGAAGAAGCUAGAAGAACCAAAAUGUCCUGAGCCUUCCAAACAGAGCCUUUCCCUGAAAAUAACAAAAGACCUUGAUCAAGAAGCCCGAUGUUCCCAUGUCAGCCGAAUGCCCACCAGUCCCUCUGCAGAUUGUCCCCUGCUCGGUGUGGAGGAAAAUGGAGGAGUAGAUUCCCUGCCAUUCAGACUCAUGCUGCAGGAGUGCACAGCAGUGAAGACAUUGCUACUGAAGAUGAAGAGAGUACUUCAAGAGAGUGAUGUGAGCCCUUCCAGCAGUACCACAUCGCUUCCCAUCAGCCCUCUCACAGAGGAUCCACUGCCUUUCAAGGAUAUAAUGAAAGACGAAUGCUCAAUGCUGAAGCUGCAACUGAAAGACAGGGAUGAGCUAAUUUCUCAACUUCAAGCAGAGCUGGAAAAAGUGCAACAUUUACAGAAGGCUUUUGCUUCACGAGUAGAUAAAUCCACGCAGACUGAACUUCUAGGCUGUGAUGCCCUGUGGAAUCCUACAUGCACUGGAGGUUUAUUUAAACCAGUAUAUAUUUCAAGCUAAAUUAAAUAAUCAUUUGACCAGGAAUAAUUCUUCAGUGAUCUUUGGCAUGUUAAAUAUUGAGUAAAAUGAAAUUUUCUAUGAUUUCUUCUGUUAACUAUCUUGCAAAAUAUGUAAUACAAAGAUUGUUUAAUUCUAAAGACUGUAUAACUUUGCAUUUAUAAACAGUUUCCACAGAAUAUUGAUGAAGACUCAAUGGGCAUAUAUUUGCUUUUAUGUACUGUGUGUAUUUUUUAUAAAAACAUAAAUUUAUUUAAAGAUUAUCUGUACAUGUGAAUAUACUAAAAUGUAAUAUUCCACUUGGCAGUCAAUAUUGUUUGAUCAUCCUCCUUAUCCAUAUCAUUUGUUUCUUUGGUUAUAAACUUUGUGUUUUUUUAUUUUACAUUCUGUUUGCAUUAGAUAGACAGGAAAUGAAAUCAUAGUUACCUCAUCUUAUCAGGACAGCUCCCAGUGAUGAAUUGAAUUAUUUGUGACCUCUUAUCAUCACAUGGUGAAAUGAGAAUGUCUUUAAAUGCAACAAAUCCAUGUGGCCUUUAUCUAACCACAGAAUGUAAUACAGACAGAGGAAAAUUAUAUCCUUUAAAAACAGAAAAACAGACUUAUCUGUUGAUAUCACAGUGAUAGAAAUUUAUUGAAUGUAUGUGGUAUAAGAAGAAGCCUUACCCUGAACUUAAUUUCUGUGGGUCCUUUUUUUUUAUUACCUUUCUAUGAUAGCCCACUAUAUCAAACGCCAUAGUAGCAAGAAGACUCUCUUGAUUGGUAUAAUUUAUUGCAAGGAUGGUUCGGUAUUGAGGGCAGGAUGAUGGUGAGGAGGGCCACAGGACUCAAGAGAAAGAACAGAUUUUGGUGAGCCCCUCCCUUUGUAAAGACAUCAUUACAUAAUUAUAGUGAUCAGUGGUAAUGUAUAGAACUAUGCUAUGAAAUUUAUUAAAUUAUUUGGAUCUUUAUAUAACACAAAAUAUAAAUGACCAAAUUCUGGGUGUAAAUUAUGGUG